GAGCGGCUGGGCAGAGGGAACGCUAUGUCCGCGGAAGUCCCGGAGGCAGCCUCGGCGGAGGAGCAGAAAGAAAUGGAAGAUAAAGUGACUAGUCCAGAGAAAGCUGAAGAAGCAAAAUUAAAAGCAAGGUAUCCUCACCUGGGACAAAAGCCUGGAGGUUCAGAUUUUUUAAGGAAACGAUUGCAGAAAGGGCAAAAAUAUUUUGAUUCUGGGGAUUACAACAUGGCAAAAGCAAAGAUGAAGAACAAGCAACUUCCUACUGCAGCCCCGGAUAAGACAGAGGUCACUGGUGACCAUAUUCCCACUCCACAGGACCUUCCUCAACGGAAACCAUCCCUUGUUGCUAGCAAGCUGGCUGGCUGAUUAAAAGAGCUGACCUGCAUGAAUUUUCUAAUUCCCAUUAUUUCUCCUCAUAUGUUACUUAUCCACUUUUUAUUCCUUUCAUUCACUAAGUCAUUUAAAUGAGACUGACGGCUUUGCAGGUAGCGAUAGUGUGUGCUGCUAUUGUAAGGGAAUAUACAUGUGUAGAGGUUUUGAUUAGUUUUAACAGUGCACUGAUGAAAAGGACGUGUUAGAGCAACAUAAGUAAUCUACUUGAAAAUAUUUGUAUAUAUUACCUAACUCCUAAUAUAGGUUCCAAAAAGUAAUAAGCAAAUUUUACAAUUUUAAUGUUUUGCCUUCUUCGCUUAUCUUAAUUAUAGCUGUGUAUGUUACUCUUAUUUAAUGUAACCUCUGUAUUGAUUUCUUCUGUAUUUUCCUUCUGGAUUUUGUCAAACAGAAGUUUAAGCCACAAGUUUGAAGAAGGAUCACAAAUUCAAAUGAAAAUAGGAGGGGCUUUGAAAGAUUUGUAUAACUGUGCUUGAACUUGAAUGGCCUUAAACCUGUUUCAGCUUUAACAAUAGAAUUUUACUUGGGCAAUAUUUGCCCAUUCUGGUGUAACUUACGUGACUUCAGUGCUUAACAGCUGCCAUUGAAGCUAGUAUUCUUAUUUAGUUUUGUAGUGUUAAAUACCUUUCAUUGUUGAAGAUGUGAAUGAAGUAUGCAUGUGCAUCAACUGUUGAAUUCACUUUUGUGCCAUUUUUGUAAAUACAGUAGUUUUGCACAA